CACAAAACAAUGGCAGCAACACUUCACUUCCUCCUCAUCCUCCUCCCAUGCCUCUCCCUCUUCCUUGCUCCGGCCUUCUCUUCCGGCGAGGCCGAGCCCAAAGUUCCGGCGGUCUUUGUCUUCGGUGACUCCACUGCUGACGUGGGCAACAACAACUAUAUGACUGGGAACAGGGCCAAGGCCAAUUUCCCCCACAAUGGCAUUGACUUCCCUUUCUCUAGACCCACUGGAAGGUUCAGUAAUGGUUACAAUGGCAUUGACUUCUUGGCAAUGCAUGUGGGGUUUAAGAGGAGCCCACCACCUUUUCUCUCUCUUAACAAUACUAGUCACGAGACUAUUCGAGCAAAGAAAGGGAUAAAUUUUGCCUCUGGAGGAAGUGGAAUUUUGGAUUCCACAGGAGACACCAAUAGCAGCAUUACCAUGACAAAGCAAAUACAAUAUUUUUCAACAAUUCGGUCACAAGUCCUGAGACAAUUGACAAAUCAGCAAAUUGACAAGUUGUUCUCCAAAUCUCUCUUCCUCACAAGUAGCGGGGGAAAUGAUAUAUUUGCUUAUUUCUCUCAAAAUAAAUUCUCAAAUGUCACUGAAAAGAAGCAAUUCAUUUCUACUCUGACUAUGAAAUACGAGGAUCAUUUGAAGAAACUCUAUGAUCUUGGAGGGAGAAAGUUUGGUAUUGUUGAUGUUCCACCUAUUGGAUGUUGUCCUUACUCUAGAAGUUUAAAUCCCACUGGUGGUUGUUUAGAUACAUUAAACGAAUUGGCACGAGAAUUCAAUAGGGCUUUAAAGAUUGUUAUGAACAAGCUAAGCUCAACAUUGGCAGGGAUGAAAUAUUCUAUUGGAAGUUCCAAUGCUGUUAUCAUGAAUAUAGUUAACGACCCCGGAGCCCUCGGUUUUAAUGAAACGAAAACUGCAUGUUGCGGAUCUGGGAAGUUCAAUGCUGAAUCUGGAUGCACUCCAAAUGCUACACUUUGUUCUGAUCGGCGCUCGCACUUAUUUUGGGACUUGUUACACCCAACACAUGCAACAGCUAAAGUUUUUGGACUUGCAGUUUACAGUGGCCCAGAAUCAUUUGCUAGUCCUAUCAACUUCAAGAAAUUAGUUGAGGAUGGCAACUAAGAUAAUUUCUAUGUAGUGAAAUGGUUUUUGUAAAUGAACUUUCUGUUUAGUUGAAUGGAACGUUCAUCUUUGAAUAAUGUUUAUUUUUGUUUA